AGUUUCUCUGCAUGGAUGACAGACGAUCACCACAGUUCACUGUGAGGAGGAUGGCGGAGGAGCUGCACCCAGCCAAGCACUGGUACAGGUGUAUCUCCAGUUGGCUUCCAUCUUGGUGCCCCACCUCCCUCUCUCAGCUAAAGGAUGCAGAGGACAAAAUGCUCAAGGCUGUGAAGACCUCAUUCUCCAGGCAAGAUGUCCCGAUAUCCAAUGGCAACUAUGUCUGGACCAUAGCCUUCAACGCCAAAGGAUAUCCCUCACUCCCCCCCCAGCCCCAGUCUAAGCCCCAGCCUCAUCCCUCUUCUCCCCAGCCCUCUCUCCAGCGCUGUCCCCGUCCUCCGCUGGUGCUGCUCCAUGGGUUUGGGGGUGGUGUGGGUCUGUGGGCUCAGAACCUGGACUCAUUGUGUGGCAGUGGAGCCGUGUAUGCCCUGGAUCUGCUGGGGUUCGGUCGGAGCAGCAGGCCCCUGUUCAGUGUGGACCCCCAGGGGGCAGAGGAGCAGUUCAUCGGGGCCCUGGAGGAGUGGAGAGACAGGGUGGGCCUGGAGGAAAUGAUCUUGCUGGGACACAACCUGGGAGGAUACCUGGCUGCUGCUUACACACUUACACACCCACACAGGGUGAAACACCUGAUCCUGGUGGAGCCAUGGGGGUUCCCGGCCCGCCCAGAGAGCAUGGAUCAGGAGAAGUCUAUCCCAGUGUGGAUCAGAGCUAUGGGGGUCGUCAUGAGUCCCUUCAACCUCCUGGCUACACUAAGACUGGCCGGACCACUGGGUCCUAUGUUGGUCCAGACCAUCAGGUCAGAUUUUAAACAGAAGUACUCUUCAGUGUUUGAUGACAACACUGUAUCAGACUACAUCUACCAUCUCAAUGCACAGACACCCAGUGGUGAAGCAGCGUUUAAGAACAUGACGGUACCAUAUGGCUGGGCUAAGAGACCGAUGCUGGAUCGUGUCGUACACAUCCGACCCGACAUUCCCAUAUCCAUCAUCUAUGGAUCCCGAUCCAGCAUCGACAGUGACUCGGGAUACACUCUCCAGAAAACCAGACUGGAUGUGGACAUCAUGGUGAUAAGGGGAGGAGGUCACUAUGUAUUUGCUGACCAGCCAGAUGACUUCAAUCAGAACAUUCUUCACAUCCUAGCCAGGAUGGACGGAGUGAAGGAUGAGAGGAGGGAGAGAAGGAUGAGAGGAGGGAGAGAAGGAUGAGAGGAG